AUGUCCACUUUCCCACAAGCGAUAAGUUUUCAUUUCCCUCGUCACUUGUUCAUUCGGAUCAUUGUCACAACGUUCUUCAAUGGUUAUGGCGCUCGACCAGCACACGCUGCUCUACGCUUUCUUAUUUCAGCUACUUCCUCGUUUGGCCUCCUUCCUCCCAUUUAUUCUUCUUCUUCUUCCACGUCUCCUCUCAGUCCUUUUCUUUUCUCCUAUCUAUUUGCCACACUUCCGCUUUCUUUAGCUCCGCUGCCUACUCCUCCUCCUCCUCACAGUUCUUCUUUUCCUACCAAAUACCUUCUUCCUCAACCUACUCCUCCAUCUCGCUUUAUCUUCUCCACUCUUAGCUACCUUCGGCUGCUUUUAUUCCCCCCACGUGUUCUUCUCCUCCGCCUUUUCCUCCAAAGAGUUCUUCAACGCUUGUUCUUUCUCUUCCUCCUACUUAUUUAUCCCCUCCGCCUACUUUUAAGCUGUCCAACAUUCUUCCUACUGCAAUUUUUUCUGCCUCCUCCUUCUCCUCCUCCUACUUCUUCUCUUCCUUCUCCUCUUCCUCCUAGUUUUAUUUUCUAUAUUUCCUUUAACUUUGGCGCGUUUUAA